AUGACAUACUUCACGAUAUUGCAUAAAGCAAAUGCAUUUGUCGAACAGAAAGUUGGAGUUUUUCGCCAGUUGCUCUGUGGAGAGAAAGACUUACACAUCCAAACAAAACCGAUUCAAUUUCGUAAGAUCCACAAAAAAUCGUCCACAAAACUUAAAGUUGUAUGGAUACUGUCAACUAAACUCAUUGAAGAUCAUUUGGAUUAUGUGAUUCAAUGUAAAUUAAAUGUAGAUUAG